AUGGCGGAUUGGACUCGAGGUCAGAGCCCAGGGGCCGUGGAGGAGAUUCUGGAUCUGGAAAACAAGCGGAUGGCCGACCACCUGGCCUCGAAGGUCACCCGGCUCAAAUCGUUGGCCCUGGAUAUCGACAGGGACACAGAGGACCAGAACCGAUACCUGGAUGGCAUGGACUCCGAGUUCUCCAGUGUGACGGGCCUGCUCACCGGGAGUGUGAAGCGUUUCUCCACGAUGGCUCGGUCUGGGCGUGACAACCGGAGGCUUCUGUGUGGCGUGGCUGUAGGCCUGCUCGUGGUCUUCUUCAUCCUCUCCUACCUCCUGUCAAGGACGAGGACGUGA